CUGCCCCUGUCUUUGAGCUCUGCGGCUCUGCUUCUGGUCCCCGACUGUCCGUGCGUCUGUCCGCGGGAGGAGAUGCGGCAACACAGACGGCUGAGCGCUCAAGUUUUACGAAAUAGCCAGAGUUUGAUGGAGAAUCGUUCGGAUGACAGCGGGAACAGUUGUAAUCACCGGCGGAAUACUAGCGACUGUGAUCUUACUCUGCAUCAUUGCUGUCCUGUGCUACUGUCGGCUCCAGUACUACUGCUGUAAGAAAGAUGACUCUGAUGAUGAAGAAGAGGAAGAAGGACACGAUCUCUCGGCUCCAUCAAGAUUUUCCACCUGCAAUUCUUGCAACUCCCAAGUCCGGGAUGGACAAGGUGACCUGGCACCACUCCCCAGUGAGCCCUCUGACCAGCAUCGAGGUGCUCAGAGCCACUGCCCCAGUUGUGCCCCUUACAGCUCCCCCUUUUACAUACGGACAGCCGACAUGGUCCCCAAUGGUGGGGAGGGGCUCACCUACGCUCCCACUUGCUACAAGGAGUUGGGUCCUCCACCCCUCAAAAUGUCAUCGCUCCAGAGUUUCCCGGUGACCCGACCAGGCCUUGGACGUGAGGCCUUUACCAAUCCAAGGGCUAUUAGUACAGAAGUAUAACCUUACCUACCCACCACCCCCUGCUGCCCCCUUUGGAGCAAAGCAGGGCAGUGAGAAGCCCCUGCCCCAUGGAUGAUCUGUUUUCAUAGGUUUUCUUGCUACAGAAUAUAGGGUUCUCUGGGAUAUGUUCAUGGGUAAGCUGAGAACAAAUGUGACAUUGACACUCAGGCACCUGACUACUGAAAGUACAUUGCAGCAGGAAGGGGAGAGGGGGGAAGGGAGACCCCUUCACCCAAUGGGAAAAGUUUGCAGCUCACUACAACUUUACCUACAAUGCCACUUGCAUCAACCAGUGGGGCUUCUUCACCAGGGCUAUGUGCAGAACAAAUACACCCAUGGCUCCACCCAUGUCUCACUAAGACUUUGCAGAAUCCAGAGUCAGGGCAUACCCAGGGAAGCUGUGCUGAACCCUGGAGCCCUCGACCAAGUCCUUGUUAGAAGUGCUGAGCAAACUCUGAAGAUGCGA